AUGUUUUAUAAUAUUCAUUUUACUGCCUUUGACAAUGGCCCUCAGUAUCCGGCAGAAGAGAUUGCGAAGAAUUCAGUCCAUGGGGUUGCGGUGCAAGGCCCUGUGGAUGGUCUGGCUACUGGCACCCCACUCUUUAGCGUGGCGGUGCAAGGCAUUAUGGAUGGAAGGAUUACUUGCAGACCAAGGGUUUGGAGGUUUGGUACCUGGAAUGUAGGCACGUUGACAGGAAGGAGUUUGGAAGUGGUGAAGUUGCAGAGGAGAAUGGUUGACGUGGCUGCAUUACAGGAGAUCAGAUGGAAGGGAGAGUAUACAAGGCCAGACGUACGAGAUAUAUGUAUAUAUAUUAUACCUGUUGUCUCUCACGAGACUCAUCAGUAG